GGGCCAGGCAAGAAUCUCGGUGCGGCCCAGAUAUAGACAAGUCUCGUGGCAGACCAGAGCAGAGAGUGAGUGAGGCGCGGCGGCGGCGGAAAUUACCCGACCGCGCAGGCUGCCGGAGUUAGAGCGUGGCCGUGGCGGAGGCAUCCGCUUGGACUGAUGGUUAGCCUUCUCGUCCGUCUCUAUCCCGCAUGAAUCUCGUUCUUGGCUGGAACUUUUUUUUUUGAUAAAGGAUGCUUUCAUUACUCUUGGCUGGAACUUGCAAUGCUAGUGUCGGCCGCCGGCCGCCAGAACUCAGACGAGAGCAAUGCUAUGCUAAUUUCUGGAUCGUGAGAGCGCCGACCGCCGGCCGCACGGAGGGCCAGUGCUGCCGCUCGCCGUCUCUCGAGAGGGGCAGGGCUCCGGAUCCAGGAAUGCCGUCGACGGAGUCUCUUGAAUCCCUUGCGCCCGGCAGCAAGCGGAAACGGAGCGGGACCUCUACCAACGUCGCCACGUUGGGGGUGACGACCCGCUCGAGGGCGCGCGCGCAGCAGGAAACCCAAUCGGCAAGGACCAAGCUUGAUGCGGCCGGCGAGGCGGAUGGGUGCAGGAAAAUGAAGCUUGAUGGGAGCAGCCGGCGAGUAUCACCGGAGAGGUCCAAGAAAGGGAAAAGCGUCCUCGAGCAAAGCCAGGAUAGUCUAAGUUGGGCGGAUGAUGAUUAUGAGUAUGAUGAUUAUGAUGAUGAUGAUGGCUCAUCUGCAGUCAGCUCUCCGAUUCGUGUGCCUUACAAGCCCGAGGAAACCAACUGCGACAGUGAGUUAGCCAAGAUCUACAGAGAGUUCUGCCAAAAAAUAAAUCGGCAUCAUGGAUUGCCCACGCUUUAUAACGAACACCCUCCGAAUUGCCUGGUCGAUGAUUCGACGCUUCUUCACAUCCGUGAGCCUGCAAGGAAGAUGGUGCUUCGUGCGUCUCAAUUUGUCGUCGGGAUUUCAUCCUCGAUUGAUGGUGAGCCGCUAGCACAGUGUUCUGGUUUCUGGAUUGAUUUCGAUAAUGAGAGCAGAACUGGUACCGUUGUGACGACGGCACUUCUUAUUCGCACAAAGCACCCAACGCAGGAUCCUUGGUUUUGCAAAGACCAGUAUGCUUCUGAUGCUAAGGUAAAUGUCCACUUGCGGGGUUACAUCACUGUAGAGGGCGACCUGCUCUACUACCAGAAGCACUAUAAUCUUGCUUUCUUGAGAAUUAGAUUGGAAGUGGAUCAAUCUGUUCAGUUACCCAUUUAUAGUGAUAAUGUGGAAUGUGCUCAAGACAUUUUUGAGCUUGGAAGAGAUAAACAUUCCGAUCUACUGAUAAAUCAUGGUAGAGUGGAAUAUUCAAAUCCAACCAAGUCUGAGCGGCAUCACCAUAUGUACAUUCAAGGGCCACAGCGAGAUCGUACGUAUGAUAAAGGAGGUCCUGUCGUUGACUUAGACGGGAAGGUUGUGGGAAUGAUCUGCAGUUAUUCAAGAGCGUCCUUCAUACCUUCAUCAAUUCUACUCAAGUGCUUUCAUCUGUGGAGAAACUUCCGGCACAUCCCUCGACCCCACCUUGGAUUGAAAUUUGAUGCCAUCAGCCUUCUAAACCCUGUUCGUGUUGAGCAGAUAUUGAUUGUGUGCGGAAUUGACGAGGGUCUUGUUGUUCGGGAGGUGUCUGGAGACUCUCCUGCUGAAAAAUGUGGAAUUCGAAUCGGAGAUGUUAUUGAAUGUCUUAAUGGAAAAAGUAUUUCUACUACUGUGGAGUGACAGCUGCAAGGAGAAUAAUGAGCCCGUCUGGUAGCAGUUUCCUGAAGGGUUUCCUCUGAAGGCAGCUGCCAUACUUUUAUUGGGCGUAUUUCAGAUAGAAGGCUCAGGGCUUUGGUGCACCAAACGGUAGCAUGAUGGGCAUCCUCUGGACCUCGACCAGAAGUAUUAAAUAUUCUCCAGUUCCAGUGUUAAAUAAGAUCUAUUUGAAACAGAGCGUCAUUAAUUUCGCCAUCACACAAUUCUCUUUAUAAGGACGCGUUCAUAUACUCAUUGACUUUGUGCUCAAAGCGUGCUAGCAGCUGAUUGGGGUUCACAUCAGGGUCUUCGGUGUACAGCACCUUGAAGAAAUCCGAGACCAUCAAUUUGGAUGUUUGUGCAUUGUCCACCCAAUUCCCAUCUGCAUAUUUCAGUUCCUUUAUUCUAUUUUUCUUUUGAUGCCAGCUUGCUUUCAUAUGGAAGUACUUGUUGAUCUUGUCUUCAACAUCACCUGCAAAAGAAAAAACGUCACCUGCAACUUUCUUGAUAUCGUUCGCUUGAAAUAAUGACAUUUCACUCAUGUUUUAUUCUUGUGCCAACUCGCACUUAAUAUUGUGUCCGACUGUAAAAUGUCAUCUAUUUUCAAAUGAAUGGAGUAUUAUUUUGUGCUAUUCUUCUCUUUGAUUUCUUGCUGCUG